CUCCACCUUCCCUUUCUUCAUGGAAAAAAGACUAUAAAACGAAGACCCAUAAACCCCAAAACCCAUCACCACUCUUGCUUUAUCAGCCACUGUUAGACGAGUGAGUGGUGACCAAAAACAGCAAAAACAAGAACAUCUUUCAAUACACACUCGAUAAUCAAUGGAGCUUCAAAAUGUCUCAAGAUUUGGUAUGUUUUACAAUUCCUCGAUGAACACUCCUACCGAUUUCUUGUUAAACCCCAUUUUCUUACAUCGGUGUUUUGCCUCCAUACAAUUUCUGUUCUUGCUUUUCAUAUCAAUCUCUUGUGUAUGGAAAAGAUUCAAAAUUGAUCAAACUGUGGUUGCAAAACAGAGUUCUGGGUAUUUGUUUCUCAAACAAACUCUGUUUUGUUCUCUUCUUCUUUCACUCUUCAACCUAGUUUUGUGUUUCUUGAACAAUUUUUAUUGGUAUAGAAAUGGCUGGUCUGAUGAAAAGAUUGUCACCCUUUUGCAUGCUGUUCUUGGAACACUUAUUUGGUCCUUCGUUUCUGUGUAUUUGCACACACUCGUCUCGAAUUCGUCGACACAAUCUUCAAAGUACCCAUUGGUCUUAAGGGUUUGGUGGGUGUUUUUCUUUACAGUUUCUUGUUAUUCCCUUGUGGUAGAUUACAUCAAUUACAAAAGAACCCAUAAUCCACCUUCCAUGUUCAUCCUGUCCGAUUCCGUGUCUAGUCUCCUGGGUUUGUUUCUCUGUUUCGUGGGGUUGUCUCACAAUCGCGAAGAAGAAGGUCAAAAUCACAAUCUUGAAGAACCCCUUUUGAAUUCUAGCAGCGAUAGAGUUAGGGUUGAGAUUCCAUCAACUUACGAAAACGCAAGUUUCUUUAGUCUGCUGACAUUUUCUUGGAUGAGUGCGAUAAUCGCGAAAGGAAAUAAAAAACCAUUAGACCUUGAAGACGUCCCACAGCUAGCAGAUAUCGAUAGCGUGAAACAAGUCUUUCCUAUUUUAUUACAAAAAAUCGAGUCUUUAAACGAUGAGAAUCACCAAAUCACGACAUUCGGUCUCACAAAAGCUUUAUUUUACAUCGUAUGGAAAGAAGUUGUAAUCACUGGAUUCCUUGGUUUAGCAUCUUCGUUAACUAGUUUUGUUGGCCCUUACCUCAUAGACGAAUUCGUUCAAUACCUUAAUGGACACAAAGCUUACAAAAACCAAGGUUUUGUUUUAGUCGCUGCAUUUUUCGUUUCAAAAAUGGUGGGGUGUUUCACACAAAGACACUGGUAUUUCAAGCUCCAACAAGCCGGAAUUCGUGCCAGGUCAGCAAUCGUCGCCAUGAUUUACCAAAAGGGUUUGACCAUUUCCGGCCAGUCAAAGCAAGGGAACUCAAGCGGAGAAAUCAUCAACUUCAUGGCUGUUGAUGCUGAAAGAGUAGGUGAUUACGCAUGGUAUAUGCAUGAUUUUUGGUUAGUUCUUAUCCAAGUAGGUGUUGCUUUAGCACUUUUAUAUAAAAAUUUAGGACUUGCUGCAAUUGCUUCAUUAGUUGCUACAAUAGUUGUGUUGUUAGCAAAUCUUCCACUAGGGAACAUACAAGAAAAGCUUCAAGAUGACUUGAUGAAAUCUAAAGAUAAGAGAAUGAAAGCAACAUCCGAAAUCUUGAGAAACAUGAGGAUUCUUAAACUUCAAGGUUGGGAGAUGAAGUUUCUUUCAAAAAUCAUUAAACUUCGUGAUGAAGAAGAAAACGCGUUGAAGAAAUACAUGUACACUUUAUCCCUAACUUCUUUCAUAUUCUGGGGUGCUCCUAUUGUUGUAGCUGUGGUCACUUUUGCCACGUGUCUAUUUUUUGGGAUUCCACUUGAAUCAGGGAAAGUACUUUCUGCAUUAGCCACAUUCAAAAUACUUCAAGAGCCUAUCUACAAUCUUCCCGAUUCAAUCUCAGUGUUUUUCCAAACUAAAGUCUCACUUGACCGAAUUGCCACAUACCUUCGCCUCACAGACAUAGAUUCCAACGCGAUAGAUAAGGUGCCACCUGGCAGUUCUGACGUGGCAGUUGAGAUAAUCAAUGGAAACUUCGCAUGGGAUGCAAAUGCUUCCUCUUCUAAUCUCACACUGAAAGAUAUAAACAUUAGAGUGAAUCAUGGCAUGAGAGUUGCUGUUUGUGGAACUGUUGGCUCAGGGAAAUCAAGCUUACUUUCUUGUAUUUUGGGAGAAGUGUCGAAGAUAUCUGGAAGUGUGAAAGUUGAAGGGACAAAGGCGUAUGUGGCUCAAUCACCAUGGAUACAAAGUGGAAAGAUUGAAGAUAAUAUUUUGUUUGGUAGAGAGAUGGAUAGAGAGAAGUAUGAUAAGGUUCUUGAAGCAUGUUCUUUGAAGAAAGAUCUUGAAAUCUUGUCUUUUGGUGAUCAAACGGUUAUUGGUGAGAGAGGGAUUAAUUUGAGUGGAGGUCAGAAGCAGAGGAUUCAGAUUGCAAGAGCUCUUUAUCAAGAUGCUGAUAUAUAUCUUUUUGAUGAUCCAUUCAGUGCAGUUGAUGCUCAUACUGGAAGUCAUCUUUUCAAAGAAUGCAUGUUGCAAUUUCUGGAGUCAAAGACAGUGAUUUACAUUACACAUCAAAUCGAGUUCCUACCUGCUGCGGAUCUGAUUCUGGUUUUGAAAGAUGGAAGAAUCACACAAGCCGGAAAGUACAACGAUAUCCUCAAUUCAGGAAGCGAAUUUAUGGACCUCGUAGGUGCACACAAAGACGCAUUAUCAGCAAUCGAUUCCAUGGAGGCAAAUGUUCAACAAGGAACCACGAUUUCCAAGAAGAUCACAAACGAAACUCAAAAUAGUAAAACAGACGAUAUUUCAGGUUCAAAAGCACAGCUUGUUCAAGAAGAAGAACGAGAAAAAGGAAAAGUAGGGUUUUCAGUCUACUGGAAGUACAUAACAACUGCUUAUGGAGGAGCGCUUGCGCCAUUUAUAGUUUUAGCACAAAUUGUAUUCCAAAUUCUUCAAAUUGGAAGCAAUUACUGGAUGGCUUGGGGUUCUCCAGUUUCAGAAAGUGAUCCAGCUCCUGUUAAUGGAUCAACUCUAAUCAUGGUGUAUGUAAUUUUAGCAGUUGGAUGCGCAUUGUGCAUAUUAGCAAGAGGCUUACUUCUAGCAACUGUUGCUUAUAAAGCAGCCACUAUUCUCUUCCACAAAAUGCACUUGUCAAUAUUUCGUUCUCCCAUGUCUUUCUUUGACUCUACUCCAAGUGGACGAAUACUCAAUAGAGCAUCUACAGAUCAAAGUGCAGUGGACAUGCAAAUCCCUUAUCAAGUUGGAUCCUUUGUAUUUGCUAUCAUUCAACUUCUUGGCAUCAUUGCAGUUAUGUCACAAGCAGCUUGGCAAGUGAUCGUUAUAUUCAUUCCUGUGGGUGUAAUGUGCAUCUGGUUACAGCAAUAUUACUUGCCUUCAGCAAGAGAAAUGGCACGUUUAGUUGGAGUUUGUAAAGGCCCUGUGAUACAAAACUUUGCUGAAACAAUAUCAGGAUCAACUACAAUCAGAAGCUUUGAUCAACAAGGAAGAUUUCAAGACACAAAUCUGAAACUGAAUGAUGAUUUUGCAAGGCCAAAGUUUCAUGCUGCUGCAGCCAUGGAAUGGUUAGGCAUACGUUUGGACAUGCUGUCGACUUUAACUUUUGCUGUGUUUCUAAUUUUCUUGGUUUCUAUUCCCGAAGGAACUAUUGAUCCAAGUAUUGCGGGAUUGGCUGCUACUUAUGGGCUUACUUUGAACACGUUAAAUGGAUGGGUAGUUUGGACACUUACAAAUCUUGAAAACAAAAUUAUUUCGGUUGAAAGAAUAUUUCAGUAUUCUUCUAUCCCUAGUGAACCUCCUCUUGUUAUAGAAUCAAAUAGGCCUGAUGAUCAAUGGCCAUCACAAGGAGAAGUUGACAUCCGUCAUCUACAGGUACGGUAUGCACCACAUAUGCCACUUGUGUUGCGAGGUCUUACAUGCACUUUCAAGGGAGGAAUGAAGACUGGGAUUGUGGGAAGAACGGGUAGUGGAAAGUCAACUCUGAUACAAACACUCUUCCGCCUUGUGGACCCCGCAGCUGGAGAGAUUCUCAUAGAUGGAAUUAACAUAUCAACAAUCGGACUUCAUGAUCUUCGUUCAAAGUUGAGCAUAAUUCCUCAAGAUCCUACCAUGUUUGAAGGAACUAUUCGAAGCAACCUUGAUCCUCUUGAAGAGUAUACAGAUGAUAAGAUUUGGGAGGCUCUUGAUAAGUGUCAGCUUGGAGAUGAAGUGAGGAGCAAAGAAGGGAAGCUUGACUCAUCAGUGACUGAGAAUGGAGAGAACUGGAGUGUGGGUCAAAGGCAGCUGGUGUGUCUAGGGCGUGUGCUACUGAAGAAAACAAAAGUGUUGGUUCUUGAUGAGGCUACUGCAUCAGUUGACACAGCAACUGAUGGAAUGAUUCAGCAAACACUUGCACGACACUUUACAGAUUCCACAGUGAUAAUGAUUGCUCAUCGUAUCACUUCUGUGCUUGAUAGUGACAUGGUUUUGGUUCUAGAACAAGGUUUGAUUGAUGAAUAUGAUUCUCCAACAAAGUUGCUGGAAGAUAAAUCGUCUUCGUUUGCAAAGCUUGUUGCUGAGUAUAGUAUGAGAUCUAAUUCAAAUUUUGAAAAUUAGCAUCAAUGUAAUGUGGUAACAAGGGGAGUGCUUGAUGAUAUGAUCAUGGCACAUAGGAAGCUAAAUGGAUUUGGUGGACCAGGAUUGCCCUUUUUGGAUACUACUAUAAGUUUAAUGUAUUUCCUACUGUUUUUCUGGAUUUUCAAUGUGUGUAAGCAUAACUAGUUUCUUAUAGUAAGCUGUUAAGAUUGCUGAAGAGCAUGCUUAAAAUCGAAGAUGUUUGUUUGAUCAA